AUGCAAGACUUCACUGAUAAGGUACGCGUUUCGGAGGAAUCUGUGGGUUUUAAAGAGAAUAUAGGGUACAAGAUCAAUCAAAGAGUUCAUUUUGUUGGUGAUUCUCGGAGAAUUGGUACUGUGAAGUAUGUUGGACCUAUUGAAGGUUAUCAAGGGAUAUGGGUUGGUGUUGAUUGGGAUAAUGGAGAAGGGAAACAUGAUGGUUCCAUUAAUGGAGUUCGGUAUUUUCAGGCAAAAGGUGAAAAAUCAGCUUCAUUUGUCCAGCCUCAGAAUUUGAGUGCUAAUAUCACAUUUUUGAAGGCACUUGAACUUCGAUAUCGAGGCUUUAUAGUGGAGCUUAUUAUCAUAGUCAUUACGACAUCUAGGCAAUUCCAGGUGCUGGAGGAGGGAAAAAUCAAGGACUUCACUGAUAAAGUUCGCUUUUUGAAGGAAUCUGUGGGUUUUGAAGAGAAUAUAGGGUACAAAAUCAAUCAAAGAGUUCAUUUUGUUGGUGAUUCUCGGAGAAUUGGUACUGUGAAGUAUCUUGGACCUAUUGAAGGUUAUCCGAGAAUAUAG